AUGUACGCCCAACGGUGGCCGGUCACCUCUUGCGCCCAAUGGGAGGAGGCCAAACCGGACAACACGUGCGACCUGCCCCAAAACAAGAACACGUGGACGGUGCACGGCAUAUGGCCGACCAAGUACGGCACUGAGGGGCCUCUUUUCUGCCCGUCGGCCGCCCGCUGGACCAACGUGGAGGCCAACACGAAGCCCUAUUCCUUCUGGAAGCACGAAUGGGACAAGCACGGCACUUGUUCCGUGACAUUACCAGCUUUGAACAGCGUCACCAAUUUCUUCACGAAAGGCUUGACGUUGAACAAGCAGUUCGAGCUGUCUGAAAUUUUGGCACAGAGCAAGAUAACGCCCUGUAAGUCAGGGUACACGCCCCAACAGAUCUACGACGCGGUCAAAUCGGUGACCAAAGCGGACCCUAUGAUACAGUGUGUUGUGGACAGGCACACCAAGGAGUCCAUGAUCAGCGAGAUAAGGAUUUGUUUGAACAAAACUUUCGAGGUUAUAGACUGCGAUCACGCUAAUCCGAAUAACAAAUUGGGAGGGGAUGUGGUUGGUAAUUGCGAUUUGAAAAAGCCGGUGAUGUAUCUGGAUCAGGUGCCUGGUAGGCAUAGUUGGUACGAAAUGGAUUACUUUGGUGAUGCGCUGAGUCAUAACUACGAAGAACGGAUGCAUUAUUUUGAACUAUCUGAGAUUCUGGCCCGGAGCAACAUAACGCCCUGUAAGUCAGGGUACACGCCCCAACAGAUCUACGAUGCGGUCAAAUUGAUGACCGAAGCGGACCCUAUGAUACAGUGUGUUGUGGACAGGCACACCAAGGAGUCCAUGAUCAGCGAGAUAAGGAUUUGUUUGAACAAAACUUUCGAGGUUAUAGAUUGCGAUCACGCUAAUCCGGAUAACAAAUUGAGAGGGGAUGUGGUUGGUAAUUGCGAUUUGAAAAAGCCGGUGAUGUAUUUGGAUCAGGUGCCUGGUAGGCAUAGUUGGUACGAAAUGGAUUACUUUGGUGAUGCGCUUCAUAACUACGAAGAACGCAUGCAUUAUAUCUACGACGCGGUCAAAUCGGUGACCAGAGUGGACCCUAUGAUACAGUGUGUUGUGGACAGGCACACCAAGGAGUCCAUGAUCAGCGAGAUAAGGAUUUGUUUGAACAAAACUUUCGAGGUUAUAGAUUGCGAUCACGCUAAUCCGGAUAACAAAUUGAGAGGGGAUGUGGUUGGUAAUUGCGAUUUGAAAAAACCGGUUAUGUAUCUGGAUCGCCUGGUAGGCAUAGUUGGUACGAAAUGA